ACCAAAGUCAUCAUUAAUUAAACUAUACAUUAUCCAUUUCUAUCUUACUAGUUCUCUCUCUCACUCAACAAAUCAACAUCCUUCUCUCUGUCAAGAAAACUCAUUGUAAUUAAAAUUUAGUUAAUUAGUCACUAAUUACUACAUAUAUUGACCAUUUAUGGACAUCAAGAAAACCAAAGCUCCUUCCUCAUCUUCUUCACCCUCUUCGUUUGAUCAUUUGUUUGGCCCGAGAGGGUCAGCUGCCUCUGCUUCUUCUGCUUCGUCUUGUUCAACUAUACUCGACUCCAUUUUCCCUCCGGUAGCAGGCAAGAAGGGAAAUCACACUAGUAUCAUUUCUCAAACCACUGAUGAGAGAAGCAGUCAUGAAAGAAGAGAAGCUUCGUAUUUCAGCUCAUCCAUCUACUACGGAGGCCAGCAACACUAUUCACCUCCACGAGCUCAUGAUGCCUCCUCCACUUCUCCAUCACAUCAUCACCCCAAAGAAACUGAUGAUCGCACUGACACAACCGCCUCUGCUUCCAGAGGAAAUUGGUGGAAAGGUUCCUUGUAUUACUAAGACCAACCUAUAACUACUCCAACUGAUGGCCAGAUAAAUCAACGUGACUUUGCUGUGCGAUCUUUUUGGGUUUUGUUUUUAUGUUCUUUUUUGUAAUUAUACAAUACUGGGGAUUAGUACGUUGGUUUAAGAGAGCAACUAAUGAACCACAUGUACCACAUAUGUAUGGCACAAACCCAGUAAAUAAAAUACCCAGAAACUUAAUAACAAGUUAUAUUCUUCA